GCCAUAAGAUUAUUGAUGGGCUGCUUAAACGCUGCUUAUGAGUAAUGGGUAACAUGAAAAUUUCAACCAGAAGGUGGUCUGCUAAUCUCGUUUUCUUGCUUAUUUCUUCAGGUUUUCACUUGCAAUUUGUUGAUGCCUUUACAGAUACAAUCUUACAAGGUCAAUCACUCACAACCUCUCAGACCAUCAUAUCUGCUGGUGGUAACUUUGAAUUAGGAUUCUUUUCUCCUGGAAAGUCCACAAAAUAUUAUGUGGGGAUAUGGUACAAGAAAUUCUCAGAGCAAACCAUUGUGUGGGUAGCUAACCGAGAUUAUUCAUUCACAAAUCCAUCCGUGGUUCUUACUGUCAGCACAGAUGGCAACCUCGAGAUUUUGGAGGGGAAGAUUUCGUACAAGGUGACAAGCAUAUCAUCAAACAGCAACACUAGUGCCACCCUGUUGGAUUCUGGAAAUCUUGUUUUGAGAAAUAAGAAGUCAGAUGUCUUAUGGGAGAGCUUUGACUAUCCAUCGGACACGCUCCUGCCCGGAAUGAAACUUGGAUAUGACAAAAGGGCUGGAAAAACAUGGUCACUGGUGUCAUGGAAGAGCAGAGACGAUCCCAGUCCAGGAGCUUUCUCCAUAGAACACGAUGCGAAUGAAAGUAGUCAGAUUUUUAAUCUGCAAGGACCCAAAAUGUAUUGGACUAGUGGGGUGUGGAAUGGGCAGAUUUUCAGCCAGGUUCCUGAGAUGCGUUUGUCCGACAUGUAUAAGUACAAUGCAUCCUUUAAUGAGAAUGAAAGCUAUUUGACUUACUCUCUUCGUUAUCCCUCCAUUCUGAGCAGAGUGGUGCUAGAUGUGUCAGGCCAGGUUAGGAAACUGAAUUGGCAUGAAGGCACACAUGAAUGGGAUUUAUUUUGGCUUCAACCAAAAACACAGUGUGAGGUUUAUGCUUACUGUGGGCCUUUCGGAACCUGCACUCGGGAUUCUGUUGAAUUUUGUGAAUGCUUGCCAGGUUUUGAACCUCGCUUCCCUGAAGACUGGAAUCUGCAAGACAGAUCUGGAGGGUGUGUGAGGAAAGCAGAUUUGGAGUGUGUCAAUGAAAGCCAUGCUAAUGGGGAGCGAGACCAGUUUCUUUUGGUGUCUAACGUGAGACUGCCCAAGUAUCCAGUAACACUGCAAGCAAGGAGUGCUAUGGAGUGCGAAUCAAUUUGCCUGAAUCGCUGCUCUUGCUCUGCUUAUGCUUAUGAGGGAGAGUGUAGAAUAUGGGGUGGAGAUCUUGUAAACGUGGAGCAGCUACCAGAUGGUGACAGUAAUGCUAGAAGUUUCUAUAUCAAACUUGCUGCCUCUGAGCUAAAUAAGAGAGUUUCAAGCAGCAAGUGGAAGGUAUGGCUAAUUAUUACACUGGCCAUAUCUUUAACUUCAGCCUUUGUCAUUUAUGGGAUAUGGGGAAAGUUCCGAAGAAAAGGGGAAGAUUUGUUAGUAUUUGAUUUCGGUAACAGCUCAGAAGAUACCAGCUGCUAUGAGCUUGGCGAGACAAAUAGACUUUGGAGGGGCGAGAAGAAGGAAGUUGAUUUGCCCAUGUUCAGUUUUGUGAGUGUAUCUGCUUCUACAAAUAACUUUUGUAUUGAAAAUAAACUAGGAGAGGGCGGUUUUGGAUCUGUUUACAAGGGAAAGUCACAAAGAGGAUAUGAGGUAGCUGUGAAAAGGCUCUCAAAAAGAUCUAAACAGGGAUGGGAGGAGUUAAAAAAUGAAGCCAUGCUUAUAGCCAAGCUGCAACACAAGAAUCUUGUGAAAGUUUUGGGAUACUGCAUCGAGCGAGAUGAGAAGAUAUUGAUUUAUGAGUAUAUGUCCAACAAAAGCUUGGAUUUCUUCCUCUUUGAUCCAGCAAAACGCGGGAUUCUGAAUUGGGAGACGCGAGUUCGCAUCAUUGAAGGGGUUGCUCAGGGACUUCUUUAUCUCCAUCAGUACUCCAGAUUGAGAGUUAUUCAUCGAGAUUUGAAGGCUAGCAACAUUCUUCUGGAUAAAGACAUGAACCCUAAAAUAUCAGAUUUUGGAAUGGCAAGAAUUUUUGGAGGAAAUGAAUCAAAAGCAACAAAACAUAUAGUUGGGACUUAUGGCUAUAUGUCCCCCGAGUAUGUUUUGCGAGGUCUCUUUUCAACUAAAUCUGAUGUUUUUAGCUUCGGGGUCUUGUUACUAGAGAUUCUAAGUGGCAAGAAGAUUACCGAAUUUUAUCAUAGUGACUCACUCAAUCUUCUUGGAUAUGCAUGGGAUCUGUGGAAAAACAACAGAGGACAGGAGUUGAUUGAUCCAGUACCGAAUGAGAUAUCUUCGAGACAUAUUCUGUUAAGGUACAUCAAUGUAGCCCUUCUCUGUGUUCAAGAAAAUGCAGAUGAUAGACCCACGAUGUCCGAUGUUGUCUCCAUGCUUGGUAGGGAAAAUGUACUUUUAUCUUCUCCAAAUGAGCCGGCAUUCUCAUAUCUAAGGGGCGUGAAACCACAUGCAUCUCAAGAGAGGCCUGAAAUUUGUUCCUUAAAUGAUGUAACACUUUCAAGCAUGGGAGCACGAGGAAAGUCACAAAGAAGAUAUGAAGUAGCUGUAAAAAGGCUCUCAAAAAUAUCUAAACAGGGAUGGGAGGAGUUAAAAAAUGAAGCCAUGCUUAUAGCCAAGCUGCAACACAAGAAUCUUAUGAAAGUUUUGGGAUACUGCAUCGAGCGGGAUGAGAAGAUAUUGAUUUACGAGUAUAUGUCCAACAAAAGCUUGGAUUUCUUCCUCUUUGCUUUUGGCUAUAUGUCCCCUGAGUAUGCUUUGGAAGGUCUUUUCUCCACUAAAUCUGAUGUCUUUAGCUUUGGGGUCUUGUUACUGGAGAUUUUGAGUGGCAAGAAGAAUACUGGAUUUUACCAAACCGACUCGCUCAAUCUUCUUGGAUAUGCAUGGGAUCUGUGGAAAGACAGCAGGGGCCAGGAGUUGAUGGAUCCAGGGUUGGAAGAGACAUUACCAACACACAUUCUGUUGAGGUACAUCAAUGUAGGCCUUCUUUGUGUUCAAGAAAGUGCAGAUGAUAGACCUACCAUGUCUGAUGUUGUCUCAAUGCUUGGCAAUGAAAGUACACACAAGUCCCUGUCAUCAAACCCUGAUCUAGAACAGUAUUUGACAUCAUGGAAAUGCACUGAUGAUCCAUCCACUAGAAACUUCACUUGGAGAUUAGAUAUUCCCAGGCUGCCUCAACUGGCUGUUGGCAUGGGAUCAGUCAAAAAGUACCGCACAGGGCCAUGGAAUGGAGCUGGCAACUACUCUGCUAAUCUGGGAGUCACCAUCAAUCAUUUAGGCUUGCUGCAAUGGAAUAUAUUGAAUGAAAGCAAUGAUGAGUGGACUACUAUGUACACUUGUGGUGCUAAUGGCAUUUGCAGGCUUUCCAGCAUGCCAGUCUGGACCUUGGAUUGCAAGAGCAAAGAUGACCUUAUGAAGGUCUUAGGGGUGAAAUUGCCUGACUUGUUGGAGUUUUGGUUGAACAAGAGUAUGAGCCUCAAGGAAUGUGAGGCAGAGUGCUUGAAGAACUGCUCCUGUGUGGCGUAUGCAAAUUCAAACAUUAAAGGUGGAAGCAGUGGUUGUUUGACCUGGUAUGGAGAUCUGAUUGAUAUUGGAGGGUUCACAGAUGGGAAAAGUGGGCAAGACCUUUAUAUCAGAUGUCCAGCUGGGGAACUAGUGUUUCAACUUUCAUCAUUGAAAAUCUAUAUCAUACAACUGGAUCCUGACUACAGUAAUGAAGUAGGCACUAUCUCAUCAAUAGGCCUGGAAAGUGAGAUGGAAGAUUUGGAGUUACCUUUGUUUGAUUUGGCUACCAUUGAUACUGCUACUAACAACUUCUGUGUCAUAAAUAGAAUUGGCACAGGCAGCUUUGGUCCUGUUUUCAAGAUCAAAACAGAAGAGCGUUACUGCCAUGGAAAAAGCGCUUUGACAUUGUUAUGGGGAUCUUGCAAGGACUUGUUCAUCUCCACCAAGAUUCUAGACUUCAAAUCAUUCACAGGGAUCUCAAGUGGCUACACGUCCCCUGAGUAUGUGAUUGAUUGCAAAUCUUCUGUUAAAUCCAAUGUCUUUAGUUUUGGUGUGCUUCUGCUGGAGAUUGUGGCUUAUGCAACAACAGGACGUGAAGAGUUACCUUCAGAAAAUGUAGUAACCAUCGCACUGCCAGAAGUCUUCUUUUCAUCUGUGAAAAUUUCGAUGGAGACCCAUCUUUUCUUCGCCUUCUUUUGUGCCUGGAUUUGUCUCUCAGUUCCCUUGGAGUUCUGUAUUGCAGCUGAUUCCAUAAGGAUGCACCAAUCCAUAAGCAAUGGUGAGACUUUAGUUUCCUCAGGCCAAAGCUUUGAACUAGGCUUCUUCUCUCCUGGAAACUCCAAUAAUUGGUACUUAGGAAUAUGGUACAAGAAUACACCCCAGACAGUUGUAUGGGUUGCCAACAGAAACAACCCCAUCACAGAUUCUUACCGAGUUUUAACCAUCAUCAACAAUGGCCUUGUUCUUCUCAACCGGACAAAGAGUGUAAUCUGGUCUCCCAAUUUAUCAAGGGUACCAGAAAAUCCAGUUGCACAGCUCCUGGAGACUGGAAAUCUUGUUCUUAGGGACAACAGUAAUGAGAGUUCUAAAAGCUAUAUAUGGCAGAGCUUUGAUCAUCCAUCAGACACACUGUUGCCAGGCAUGAAGAUGGGAAGGAACUUAAAGACUGGUGUACAACGAAAUUUGACAUCAUGGAGAAGUGCAGAUGAUCCAUCCCUUGGAGACUUCUCUCUCAGAAUCGAUAUUAGUGUGCUGCCUUAUUUUGUUCUUGGUACGGGAUCGAGCAAAAAAGUCCGAUCUGGGCCAUGGAAUGGAUUUGAAUUCAAUGGUCUUCCUGCGUUGAAAAACGAGGUUUUCAAAUCAGUUUUUGUUUACAAAGAGGAUGAGGUAUAUGCGUUCUAUAAGUCUCACAACAAUGCGGUUUUUACAAAACUAACAUUGAACCAUUCAGGUUUCGUCCAGCGUCUUCUAUUGAAAAAAGGGAGCUCUGAAUGGGAUGAAUUGUACUCGAUACCUAAUGAACUUUGUGAAAAUUAUGGGCGGUGUGGUGCUAAUAGUAUUUGCAGAAUGGGCAAGUUGCAGAUUUGUGAAUGUUUGACGGGUUUCACACCGGAAUCAGAAGAAGAAUGGAACAUGUUUAAUACAUCUGGUGGAUGCACACGAAGAAUGCCUUUAGCUUGCCAAAGUGAAGAGGGAUUUGUAAAGGUAACUGGGGUGAAAUUGCCGGACUUGAUAGAUUUUCAUGUGAUUAUGAGUGUGAGCCUUGGGGAGUGUAAGGCGUUGUGCUUGAACAACUGUUCUUGUACAGCAUAUGCCUACUCAAAUCUUAAUGGAAGCAGUGGCUGUUUGAUGUGGUCCGGGAACCUGAUUGAUAUCAGAGAGUUAAGUACAGAAACAAAUAAGGAGGACAUCUAUAUCCGCGGGCACACUUCCGAGCCAGAAGCAGGGAAAUCUGGGGAAAUAGAUACUUCAUUCUUGUCACCGUCUGUUCCAGAGUCACACACUAAUCAGAAGACCAAAAAAAUAGUGAUCAUCCUUGUUAUAUCCAACUAUUUUGGAAUCCUCACCUUGGGCUUAGCAGUCUGGUUUCUAUUUCUGAAGAAGAGAACAAUGGGAACAGACCAGGAAAGCAAGAAGGAGAACUUAGAGUUACCUUUGUUUGACUUGCCUACCGUUGCAACUGCUACUGACAACUUCUCCAACACCAAUAUGAUUGGAGCAGGUGGCUUUGGGCCUGUGUACAAGGGCAAUCUACCAGAAGGAGUAGCAGUAGCAGUGAAGAGAUUGUCCAAGAAUUCAGCACAGGGUGUGCAAGAGUUCAAUAGUGAAGUUGCUUUGAUGGCGAAACUUCAGCACAAGAAUCUUGUCAGGCUUUUGGGCUGCUGCGUUCAAGGAGAAGAAAGAAUAUUACUCUACGAAUAUAUGCCCAACAAAAGCUUGGAUUAUUUUAUUUUCGAUCAAAACAGAGGAGCAUUAUUGGCAUGGGAUAAGCGCUGCGAGAUUGUUAUGGGGAUUGCACGAGGGCUUCUCUACCUCCAUCAAGACUCUAGAUUUCAAAUUAUUCACAGGGAUCUCAAGACGAGCAAUAUUUUACUGGACGACAAUCUCAACCCUAAAAUUUCAGACUUUGGCUUGGCAAGAAUUUUUGGAGAGAAUGAAAUGGAAACGAGAACAAAGAGAAUUAUUGGGACUCAUGGCUAUAUGUCCCCUGAGUAUGUGAUUGAUGGGCACUUUUCUAUCAAAUCAGAUGUCUUUAGCUUUGGUGUUCUUUUACUAGAGAUUGUGAGUGGUAAAAAAAACAGAGGGUUCUCUCAUCCAUAUCACCACCACAACCUUCUGGGACAUGCAUGGCUGCUGUGGGAACAAAACAAGGCCUUGGAAUUAAUGGAUGCAUGUUUGGAAGAUUCAUGUGUUGCAUCACAGGUAUUACGAUGCAUACAAGUAGGUUUACUAUGUGUUCAGAACCUUCCAGCAGACAGACCAGCAAUGUCAUCAGUGAUUUUCAUGUUGGGUAAUGAGGGAGCAACAUUGCCUCAACCUAAACAUCCUGGUUUCUUCACGGAAAGAAGUUCAGUGGAUACAGAUACAAUGUCAGGAAAGAUAGAGUUACAUUCAGAAAAUGAAGUAACCAUCUCAAAGCUAAAAGGUAGAUGGAGAAUUCAAACAUCUGCUUAGUGAAUUAGUUAUGCAGGUGCCAGCUUCUCUGACUGAAACGGCUUGCAAAGGUUCCUCUGUUGCAGCUCAGGGCACUGAAAUCUGCAACUUAAGACUCACUAGUAGAAUUUCUAAAUUCAGAUUCCCUCUGGAUCUGGUUGGUAGUAAGCAGAAGAACAUGUAUUCUACAGUCACUUUAUAUUCCACUUGUUGUAGAAGCCCAAUUGGGGCUACAGCCGAACGCCCAUUAAAAGCCCAAACCAAUUGAGCCUAGAGGAUGAGUGACAAAGCCCAAUGCAAUCUCAAGGCAAGGUGUUUGUACCUUGCAUUUGAUCCACUGAGCUUUAAAAGCAAAGGUGAGGCCAUUGAGCUCUA